ACUUGACCCGGUCCAGUUUAAGAAUCUCCUAAAAACCCUAACCCUAAUAAUGCUCACAUAUAUAAACCCGAAUCGAGCUCUCUCUUCCUCUGUUGUUUUGAGAAGACGGUAAAGACAGAAGCCGCAUCUCCUACUUCUCUCUCGUCUCUCUCAGAAAUCAAAAAGGGGAAUAAUGGCAGCGGCAUACGGAGCUAUGAAACCAGCAAAGGCUGGUCUGGAGGAGUCACCAGAGCAGAUUCAUAAGAUCAGGAUCACUCUAUCUUCCAAAAAUGUCAAGAAUCUUGAAAAAGUGUGUGCUGACUUGGUACGUGGAGCCAAGGACAAGAGAUUGAGGGUGAAGGGACCAGUUAGAAUGCCUACCAAGGUUCUUCACAUUACCACUAGGAAAUCUCCAUGUGGUGAAGGAACAAAUACAUGGGACAGAUUUGAGCUUCGAGUCCACAAGCGUGUUAUCGACCUGUUCAGUUCCCCAGAUGUGGUCAAGCAGAUCACUUCCAUUACAAUUGAACCUGGCGUUGAGGUCGAAGUUACUAUUGCAGAUUCAUAAAUGGUUUUGUACUUUCCUUUUUGGUUAUAUGCAGCCAGCUUAUUUAGUUCUUUAGAAAACUUUGCUUGUUGUCUAUUCAAUUGGAACAUCUGCUUUCAGCCUUGUUCGAAGGAAUACUUGUAGGGUUUAUGCAGCAUGUGUUUUUGGUUAAUACUAUUUUAAUGUUAAAGAUUAUGUUAUGCAGAGUGACAAUUUUGUUUCA